UUAAACAAAUCGUUUCUAAGUCGGAUAUACUCAUUUUUAGAUCUAUUUCCGAACAGAACGCUUCGCUGAUCGAAUACUUUGAUUAAUAUUUGGUUUGUAUGAAUGACGUAAAAUAAAAUGGGUUGGUUUUCCGCUCCUGUGAAUUAUUUCUCCUAGAGAACCAAUGAUCCGUAACGUUAUUGAAAACAAUAGAUGAAAUAUAAGAUACCGCGUUGUUGUGUAAGCGAAUAAAAAGACUUUGUCACUGUCACAGUUAUACAAUGUCUGUGACCUUCUCUAACCAUGCUGUCUAGACUGUAUGGGCUUUAACUAUUUGGAACUUACAUAGGCAAAGACGAGAUCUAGUUUUGAAGCAUGAUGGUGCCAUUACGUCAAAAAACGCAAUCAUUGAAAUGGUGUUACUGGACUUUGGUUGCUUUGAUAAGUACAUCUUGUAAUAUAGAAUGGUGUCUUGCUUACUUUACAGAUUGUGGAGGAGCGCUGACAGCUCAGGCUGGCUCUAUUCUCUCGCCAAACUAUCCUGACAACUACCCAAACGACGCAUACUGUACGUGGACUAUAACCGUUGCGACUAAUCAAAUCAUUGACUUUAGGUUCAAAAGACUAGACCUGGACAGGUCAUGGGACCAAGGCUGCAAUGACUAUGUCGCUAUAUAUGAUGGACCCAAUUCACAAAGCAGCAGAAUCAGAAACGAUUAUUAUUAUUACUGUGGUUUUAGUGAUGAUUCUGUCAUUCUGAAUCUGAUUCUAAGGUCAACCAGCAACAAGAUGUACAUAGUGUUUCAAUCAAAUAGCCAGAGCUCUAGGAUUGGUUUUAGUGCAUCGUACUGGGCACACGAAUGUCUUCCCUUUACAUAUGGUAAAGAUGGUUGCGACACGUCCUGUAGUUGUAAUCAGACCAACACUCAGUACUGCCUUAAUUCGGACGGCACGUGUAUUUGUAAAACAGGCUGGACAUCGAAGGAAUGUACAGUAGAUAUUGAUGAGUGCCAGGACCCUAACAGAUGUCAAGACCCGUAUGCCAGGUGUGUCAACACUGUUGGCAGUUACGUGUGUCAGUGUAAGAAAGGAAUGGUUCUUAAUGCCACCGGCGAGUGUGAAGAUAAUUGUACACAGAGUCUAUGUUCUCAUGCUUGUGGAGUGACUUCAGAAAAUCCUCACACAGAAACGUGUUACUGUCCUAAAGGAAUGAAACUUGAUCCAGCAAACAAUAACACGUGUCUAGAAUGCAGCGACUGGACGUAUGGAGAUGACUGUGCAUUUAAAAGUCAGUGUGUGCCAUCCAACACAGAGUCUUAUGACAAACUUACUGGCCAGUGUCACUGCUAUUUAAACUUCACCUCGAAUAACUGUCAAGAUGAUGUUGACGAAUGUUGGUUAGAAAAUUCGCCAUGUAGCCAACAAAAAACCCAUGCCUUUUGUUCCAACUACUACGGGUCUUAUAGAUGCUAUUGUGAUAUGGGAUACGAGGCAAUAAAUGCAACAUAUUGUACAGAAUGCGGCUCAAUUCACACCUCACCCUCUGGAGUGAUUGAAGCAAAGGAUAGAUCGUCUUGGGGCAGAAGUACCAGUAUGAUUGUCGACUGUUUUUGGAUUAUCAGAGUAACAGCAGGCCAUGUAAUAUCUUUGAGAUUUCAGUCUCUUCAGUUGUGGACAACUUACGAGUUUACCGGGGACCAUUCAGCGUAUAUAGAAAUCUAUGAUGGUAUAAACAAAAGCUCAAAUUUGCUGGCAUAUUUUUAUGGACAGCCAGACAACGCAGUACCAGAUGGUAUUAUAAGAUCAACAAACAAUGAAAUGUUUAUUAUACAGUACACUGGUUUGUGGGAUGGAUGGUAUGGGUACAGCAGCAAUGGUUUCAGUGCUUCCUAUUGGUCACAUGAAUGCCAGCCUUUUACUUAUGGUCCAAACUGUACCCAGUCCUGUACUUGUAUACAAAGUAAGACUCAGUACUGUAACAGUACCACUGGCCAGUGUGUCUGUAAACCUGGUUGGACAUCUUCUGACUGUUCUGUGGACAUUGAUGAAUGUAUUGAGAAUCCUCUAUCAUGUCCUGACUAUUCAACCUGUACAAACACUGCUGGAAGUUUUCAAUGUACUUGUAAAGAAGGUUUAACUUUGACUGCAGGGAAAUGUGCUGCCAGUAGCGGUGUCAACUGUAUAACAAAGAAGUGUUCACAUGUUUGUGUAAAAUUACUUCAAAAUGGAGAAAACUUUGAACAAUGUUAUUGCCCUUUUGGCAUGUACUUGGAAGGAAAUCAAUGCCUGGCCUGUACGAAUUACACCUAUGGACCUGACUGCAACAGAACAUGUGGAUGUGUUCAAAACCAUAGUUUAGCAUGUGAUCCUAGAACUGGUGAAUGUACAUGUUUAAGUUUAUGGAAAGGAUUCAAUUGCUCAAUUGAAUAUGAUGUGUGCACAAAAUACUCAAUUAAUCAAUGCCAGAAGUAUGCUAAUUGUACAGACACAAGUGAUAGGGGCUAUAGAUGCAGAUGUAGUCAAAACAAUGGCUAUACUGAGUCAGCAAAUACUUCCUGCAUUCCUAUUAACUGUACCUAUGUACUUACUAAUAGUACUGGUCUAAUUACAAGCCCUCUCUAUCCAAGCAACUAUAUGAACAAUGCAUUCUGUUCUUGGACUAUUAGAGCCAAGGAGGAUAAUAUUAUUACUGUCCAGUUUGAAACCAAUUAUAUAGAUGACUACAACUGCCUAAAUGAUUAUAUGGAAUUAUAUAAUGGUGAUAGUGCCAGUGCAACACUGAUUGGCCGUUACUGUGGAUCAGGUGUACCUAAAGUGAUAAGAACUACUGGGAAUAAACUGUACAUCAUCUUCAAAUCUGACUGGAAAUAUAAUUAUGGAAAAUUUAAUGGAUCAUAUAUAUCACAUCCUUGUCAUACCUUCACAUAUGGAACUGACUCCUGUAACAACUUAUGUCGCUGUGUCAAGGAAAACACUGAGUUUUGUGACAAUGUCAAUGGAGAGUGUAUCUGUAAGCCAGGUUGGACUUUAGGAGAUUGUUCUCAAGAUGUCAAUGAGUGUCUAGGUACUAACAAUAAAGUCUGUCCUACAAACUCUGAUUGUAUCAACACAAGAGGAAGCUAUACAUGUCAGUGUCAUCUGGGUUAUAUACUUAAUACAACAAAUGGAUUAUGCGAUGAAAAUCAUAAUUGUAUUCAUAAAAAGUGCUCCCAUGUCUGCUACAUUGUCAGUCCUGGUAAUGAAAAAUGUGUUUGUCCUGAAGGUUUGGUUUUAGACACAGUUACACAACAGACUUGUGUAGUUCCUUAUUACCCAUUUGGACAAAAUACUACAGACUUGCUGCUAAAUAACAGCUACACUUCUUACAAUAGUUUGUUUGUAAGCAGCUCUAUAUACUUUAACUCAGGGGCACCAUAUGGAUACAAUCUUCAAACUUCAGCUUAUGUUCUAUCCAAUGGAGCGAUUGGGUUUGGUAAUAGUGCAACAUCUUUUGUUGGGAACGAUAUUCAAGUCAAGGUUAAUAAUAAAAAAUUAAAUCUACUGGCACCUUUUAUGACAAACAUAAACCCACUGAAAGGGGAAGUGUACUACAAUCUUUAUGAAAAAUGUGCACAAGAGUUGUCUGUCAGUGGGAACCCCCAACAAGCAUCUUUUAUAAAAGAGAUUUAUACCAGAGCUGAAAAUAACAUCAAAGAAUAUCAUCAUCUAGACAACUUUAAAGUUAGUUCUGUUCUAAUUGUAACAUGGGCUGAAAUGCAACCACUUGGUGCAAAUAAAAAGAAUAUAGAGCAAAAUACAUUUCAAGCAGUCUACAUAAGUGGUUUUGAAACUGAAGAUGGCAGUGCAGCAGAAACAGCCUAUGUUAUUUUCUUAUAUCAAUAUGGCCUUAUGAACUGGCCAUAUUUACCCGGCCGAACUGUAUUCAUUGGUACAACAGGAGACUUUAAAAAUGAACUCCAAGAUUUAAAUACUGUUUUAGUUAGCGUUUUAGGCAAUGUGCCAGGAAAUACUGGUUAUAAAGGUGUGAUGAGCUACAAAGUAGGUCAUGUGACUGGACCACAACAAAGCUGUAAAAAAUACUUAUGUGACCAUGCUGAUCUUUUGACUGACCCAGUAUAUCAGUAUGAAAAGCAAGAACUCUACAAAUGUCCAUGUACAUUAGAAAGACUUGGAGCUCAGUGGCAACUGUUUGAAAGACGAGGCUCAAAUUUAGAUAUUUAUUGCUAUGCCAUCAGUAUGGUAGCCAAACAAAGACUUCUAAAAAGAAACAAAAGAAAUAAGCUGUGUUGCUACAAAUGGACCAAGCCAGCCAAUGAUGAUUGGAGAGAGUGGCUACAGUCCUGGAUAGAGGCCACUUAUUUGCCUCAGUCAUCUGAGUCUGGUCAUGUGUUGCUCAAUGACCCCUGGUUUCUAACAUUCUAUUAUAAUAACUUGUAUGUGGACAACUACCAAGGUCUGGAGAACAUCAGAGCGCAUACUUUGUGCUGCAAAGAUGCUAAAAGUGCAGACCUGUGUCAACAAUUUUACCAGAUUUUCCCAGACAUGGGAUGCUCCAAUUUUGUAGAGUUUGUACCAGCUUCUGCUUUGGGUGACCCCCACAUCAAAACAUUGGAUGGUGUUACAUACACAAUGAAUGGAUGGGGAGAAUACAUUCUGAUGGAAGCUCCAAGUGAUAAUUUCAGACUGCAGGCAAGAACAGGGAAAGCAGAAACACUUAAUGGAACAUUAUCCAAAGCCACUGUGUUUAUUGCCUUUGCAGCAAAGGAGUCCAAUGAUUCUAGUUUCCAAGUGGAGUUAUCUCCCUCUAAAUCAUCACUAAUUGUAUUUGCUAAUGAUGUUGACAUUACAAAUGACUUUUACAAAGAAAAUGGUUCAGAUAUAAUUAUGUCUACAACAUCUAUUAAUGUGAUCAGAGAAUAUAAAAAUAAUAAAACUUUGGCAAUAGCCACUUUCCCCUGUGGUGUGUCAAUCACAGUCUAUGUUGCUGUCAAAAGUCUAUUAAUAGAAGUGAAUGUUCCUAAAACUAUGGAAAAUAAAACUAGAGGACUCCUUGGAAACUUUAAUGGAAAUAAAACUGAUGAAUUUAUUCUUCCUGAUGGACAACUAUUGCCUGCCAAUUUAAGUGAAAGACAAAUAUAUCAAGAGUUUGCCAAAAAAUGGACUGUUACAUCAAUCAGCUCAGUCUUCACAUAUAAACCAGGGGAGACAACAGACACUUAUCAACAUCCAGACUUCACACCAAUGUUUAGGGAUGAAGCAAAUCCAACUCAGUUGGCCAAGGCUGUUGAAAUAUGUGGUGAUGCAAAUGAUGCAUGCAUAUUUGACUAUCUGGCCACUGGUGAUGCAGCAUUUGCUCAGGUCACCAAAGACACAAAAGAAGAAAUGGAAAUAAUAAUAGUAUAUCUUGAAAAUAAUCCUCCAACUAUUGAAAUAGCCAAUGAUAGUUUAGAUGCAAGUGGCAGAUGGUUGGUAAUGGAAGGAGUACCUUCGUUUUUGGCUAUAAUAGCUAAUGAUAAAGACAAUGACUCUGUCACACUUGAACUAGCGGACAAUGCUACAGGAGUCAGUAUUAAUCAAAGUGGUUAUGUUCACAUUAUGCCAAACCUGACAAACCCAAUAUUACUUAGAAUAAGGGCUAAGGAUUCCAAGGGAAGUUAUUCUCAGUUUGUAUACAUUCCCAUCACAAUCUGUCCAUCAUGCAAUGGCAAUGGUGCUUGUAAUUAUGAGAGUUCUAUCUCGGAAGAGUUUGAGAACGGCUGGUUUCAAAUAAAAGCAUGUCACUGUCUUCCAUCAUACACAGGAAAAUAUUGUGAUUCUGAAUUAGAUGGUUGUCAACUAAAUCCAUGUUUUAAAGGACAAACAUGCACAGACCUGACAGCUCUACAGCAAGGAAACAAUUCUGUGGGAUAUCAGUGUGGUCCAUGUCCAACUGGUUAUACUGAAUGGAUGGGAACUUGUGCUGACCUAGAUGAAUGUAAUGAUACACACACAUGUCAAAACCAAUGCACCAACACUGAAGGAUCUUAUGUUUGCAGCUGUCCAGAUGGUUAUAGACUGGACAAAGUGGACAGACAUUCAUGCAAAGAUAUCAAUGAAUGUGAAGAGAGGACAUCUAAAUGUCAACACAAAUGUAACAAUCAAAAUGGGAAUUACACUUGCUCUUGCUAUUCAGGAUACACUCUAGAUGACAAUGGACUGACCUGUAGUCUAGAUGAGGAUAAAAAAAAUUUGUGUUACAAAUGUCAACAAGUUUGUCAAGUGACCAUUGGUGAUCAAGUUGACUGUAACUGUAGGAUAGGGUAUGAAGUAGACCCUAAAGAUUCAACUAACUGUAAAGAUAUAGAUGAAUGUCAAUAUGGCACUAAACCAUGUAGCCACAAUUGUGUUAAUACAAAUGGAUCUUAUCAAUGUUCAUGUUAUGCUGGAUAUAAAUUGGCUGUGGAUCAAACUUCCUGUGACUCCUGCACCAGUCCUUACUAUGGAGAAAACUGUGCUAAUAUUUGCCAAUGUAACAAUCGUGGAUCAUGUGACUCAGUCAGAGGUUGUGUCUGUAACAAACAGUGGACAGGAGUCAACUGUGAGAUUGAUGUCAAUGAGUGUGAUCAACCCGACACAUGCCCCACUGGCUAUCUCUGUGAAAACACCAUUGGUUCUUACAAGUGUAUAUGUCCUAGUGGAUACAAGCUGGAGAAUGGACAAUGUAAAGAUAUUAAUGAAUGUACAGAUGUUAGGAAUAUAACCUGUGACCCCAGUCUUGAAGAUUGUGUUAAUAAUAUUGGUAGCUACAGCUGCCAGUGUAAAUCAGGCUUUGCAAGAAAUAAAGAAUCUAUUUGCCAAGACAUUGAUGAGUGUCUUAUGACAGUAAAUAAUUGUGAACAGAUAUGUGACAAUAAACCUGGAACUUACAAUUGUCAAUGUUAUCCAGGGUUCAUCUUGGCUGACAACAGAAAGAACUGCCUUAAAGUCAAAGAAGACUGCAAUGUAAACAAUAUCAACUGCUCCUAUGGAUGUAGAAUAGAUUCUAGCAACGCAACUGUCUGCUUCUGUCCUCAAGGUUUCAAUGUAAACAGACUAGGACAAUGUGAAGAUAUUAAUGAAUGCAACUCAGAAAACCUCAAUCUAUGCGCCUAUAAAGAUGGAUGCAUGAAUACCAAUGGCAGCUAUACUUGUACCUGUCCUCUUGGAUCGAAACUAGACAACAAUAAGAGAACUUGCACAAAUUGCACUGGAGGAACUUGGGGUGUAGAAUGUUCUAAAAGCUGCUCUUGUGGAACAGGUACAGAUCACUGUGAUCCUAAAACUGGUUGCAUCUGCAAAAGUGGAUUUACAGGAACUUUGUGUAAUCAAGAUGUUGAUGAAUGUCAGGAUGGCAGCAAAAGAUGUGCAGCUAAAGAGAAGUGUGUCAACCUACCUGGCACUGCAAUGUGUGUAUGCCAGGAUGGUUAUAAAAAUGUCAGCAAUACAUGUCAAGAUUUCAAUGAAUGCAGUAGCUCCAGCACCAAUGAUUGCUCCCAAGUUUGUACAAACUUAGAAGGAAGCUACACAUGUUCUUGUUACUCUGGAUACUUUUAUAAUACUUCAAGUAAAAUGUGUACAGAUAUUAAUGAGUGUUCAUUAGGAAUAGCUACCUGUCAACAAAUUUGUAUCAACACUGAAGGUAGCUUUAGGUGCUCCUGUCCAGAAGGCCUUCAUCUACUUUCAGAUGGAACCACAUGUGAAGCAUCAACGCCUUGUGUCAGCCUAAACUGCAGUUCUCUGUGUGCCACCAUCAACAAUACAGAGACAUGUUUCUGUCCAAAGGGAUCAGUUUUAAAUUUAGAUGGCAUACAUUGUGAUGAUAUUGACCUCUGUAAGUCAAGUCCAUGUACUUUUGGUUGUGUUGAGAUCAAACAGAACACCAGUUAUGAGUGUGUUUGUUCAUCUGGGCAAUCACUAGCAUCGGAUGGCAUUACUUGUGCUGACUGUGUUGAAGGUAGAUGGGGUUUGUCCUGUAACAAUGUGUGUAACUGUCUAACUAUCAACACAAAACAUUGUAAUCAAGUCUCUGGUCAAUGUCAAUGUAAAGCUGGAUGGACUGGUCAGCUUUGUGACCAAGAUGUGGAUGAAUGCCAAAACUUGACCCUUUGUCCUACACACUCACACUGCAGGAACACUGAUGGAGGGUUUACAUGUGUAUGUGAUGAUGGUUAUGUCAAUAGAAAUUCCACAAGCGUCAUUUGUGAAGAAUGUGAUGAAGGUUUCUUUGGCUCCUCUUGCAGUCAGAAGUGUCCAUGUAGUGUCAACACUGUCAGCUGUAACAAAACUACAGGAGCAUGUUACUGUAAGAUUGGAUGGGAAGGAGCCAAAUGUGAUAGUGACAUUGACGAAUGCCAUCUUGCUGCAAACAUCUGUAACACUACUAAGCAUGAAAUAUGUCUCAAUACACAGGGAAGCUAUCAGUGUUUAUGUAACAAAGGAUUUAUGAGAACGUGCUCAUCUUGUAAUUGUGAAGAUAUUAAUGAAUGUAAUGACAUGAUCUCUCCAUGUGAACAGACCUGUUUGAACCUAGAAGGAAGUUUUAAUUGUACCUGUAGAGAGGGAUUUACUAUCAGCUCUACAAACACAGCUCAUUGUUCUCAAGUUUCUCAAUACAAUGUCAGCAUGACCUUCAAUUUGGAUGUUACUGGGAAGAAUGUUGAGGAUAAGACUAGUAGGUAUCACCAGAGUCUUAAGUCAGAUAUAGAGACACAGGUGACUCUGAAACUGAAAGAGGAGAAGGUGUCAGCUCUGCAUGUCAAUGCAACCAAUUUGAGGACAGGCAGUUUGAUAACAGAUGUAAUUAUUCAGAUCAGUGCUGAAGUAGAUUCAAUUUUUACAACUGUUUUGAAAACAAUUGUAACACAAACUUUUAUUUUGGACAACACAGUUGUUUUCAUUACCAAACUGUCUGUCGAUGGAGCUAUAGUUAAUGCUCCAACUUGUGAGGCCAAGAAACUAAUGAGUCCAUGUCUCGACACAGAAGAAUGUAUACUUGAGAAUAAUACUGCAAUCUGUCGUCAAAAGGUUCUUACAGACGCAAGUGAAACAGACAAAACAAGCCUAACCCUGGGACUGACCAUUGGUAUUCCCUUGUCUGUUGUCUGCUGUCUACUUGUGCUGGUCUCCAUGUAUUGCAUUAAAAAAACGAACGCUAAUAAAGUUAAGGACAUCUCUCGGCAAAGUUUACAGACUCCUGACUUUGCAAGUGCAACAAGCGACAAAUCCAAACUAUUUUAAAGGCUUAAAAGAAAAUGAAAAGGCUUUGUAUUUAGCUGUGCACAUUAUGUUGUUGGUCUCAUUAAGUUUUUUGGUUUCCUUUUCUGUUAUUGUCUUGGUGGGAAUCCACAUAUUUACAGAGGAGACAUGCAAGAUCAGAUUAUGUCAUUAGCUUAGCAGAUUAGAUGAGAGCUUUUGAACUGUGAUACAAUUUAGUAAUUUCUGUAAUUGUGUGAUUUACAAAUAAGUUUCUAUGUAUUAUACCAUGCUUGCCUUUUUUUUUUUAAAUUUAAUAUACAUAAACAGUUCGUAUUUUUUUGUGUUUGCUGUGUAGUUAAACAAUGACUUUUACACAAAAAUAUUAAUAUUAGUAUUAUAUGAAAAAAUUACAUUUUAUAGUAAAGCUUACAUGCCAUAUCAGAUGAUUGAUGAAAAUCUUAUUUACCCAAUUUAUUUUUCACUAUAAUUUUUUUACAGGUUUAUAUACUAGACAUAUGUUGGGUAGACUAUCUUUUGCUUUGUUUUAUUCUAGUGUCCCAUAAUUUGAUGGCUAAUAAAAUGUGUACACUUUCUGUCAAUAAAAUGUGUACACUUUCUGUGGAAAAAAAAUGUGUACACUUUCUGUCCAUAAAAUGGAGCCAUUCUUGUAUAUUACUUUCUCUAUCAAACGAGACAGGAUCUAUACUGAUUUAGUUUUAACUUGAUUUAAUUCUUGCAAUUUAGUAUUUAGAUGAUAUAAAUGUUUUUUGUGCAUAAUGUUAAAUAUGUCGCUAUAUUCAUCACUUUAACAAUUUCUUUUAUAAAGUCAUGCCAAAAAAUCUAUUAUAAAUAUGACCCAUUGAGAAUUA